GCGGGCAGGUGUCCACAGGUACCUACGCCGUUCCGUCACAGCAACAUUGAUGCCCGCAUGCAAUUUACCCACCUCAAUCUUCCUUGCUGCUUCACUUGUAUUGUUCCGCUCCCCCAGUCGUCACUUGAGACAUCGUUAUUGUACCAUUUUUAGAACCCUCAACGAUUUGGGCUUCUCUUGCUCCAUCUCUGACACAGCUGAACUCCGACGUUCGUUGACCUACCACAAGCGACAUCCCAUCAUUCUUGGGUCUUUCCAGAACAGGGACACCGGGCACUAUCGCCAUCCCGGGGCACCUCGACCUAGACUUCUAUCUGUGUCUAGAUCACGCUCCUUUUCCCACCACCCUUCAACCAGGACGGGGUAAUCUGCCCUACGCCCACGCUCCUUCUGGAACCCCUUUCUAAGUCUGCGGACAUCUAAUUUCGAUCCGAUCCACUUCUUGGCCCCUCGUCUCCCCCUUCCCCAGACUUGGGCCAUCGAAACUCCCCGUCUAGACUCCCAUUCCGCUAUCCUCUGGUUCCGAACCGACCGGGUCGCAUGCGAACCACCGCCGCCCUCAACCCCAUCGCGAUCCUUCGCCGGCCUUCAUAAUGGCGCCGGAUAAGAGCCAGUUCCGCUACGAGCCCGCACCCCCCAUACCUACCUACGACGAGGCCAUCGCUUCCGGCGCCGGCAGCCAUACCGUCUUCGAAGCCCCACACUCCCCUCUCGAUGCCACAGAUCAUACAGAAGGUCACUCCCUGCUCGGCGGCACGGCAUCAUCGUCGAGCACUCAUGACCGAACACGUCCACCGCGCGGCUACCAGCCACCCACAGUCGAGACAGACGACGAAGGAGAGUCGUGGGGCUCGUCUGACGAUGAUAGCGAUUCCGAGGCCGAUCACGUUCGACGCGAGAUGCAAGAGAUGGAAAUAGAUGACUCCAACCACCGUUCGCAAAGUAUAUGGGGCAAGCGCAUAGCGCGGUUUUCACUACCACGAUGGAAGUGGGGGUGGAGGUUACCACAAUUAUCUCUACCCCGAUUCAGGAGACACGACGCGAACGCCAGUCUGGAAUCUGCUACAACGCCAGCCGCCAACGGUAACACGAACAACAGUAAUAACGAAGAACAACCAAGCUCUGGAAGUCGAUUCGCCUUUCCAACAUUCGGCAGCACCGCCCUCUUCCUGCUGGUUGGGCGCCUCCUCGCCCUGUUCCUUCUUCUCGGCUUUGUUUACUUGAUAUUCGUCUCCGAUGUGUUCGGGAACAUGUCGCGCCGCCUCGGCUCGGGCAUGUUCAAUCCCAACGAUAUCCGGCAAUAUUUGGAAUCCAACAUCAGUUCCAACCAGAUCAAGGACAAUCUCCAGCAUUUCACCUCGUACUCUCACCUGGCUGGUACCGAAGGCGACUACGCCCUGAUGGAGGAUAUCGAGUUGCUCUUCCGUAAAUACGGUCUCGAAGACGUUUCGCGCGACACCUAUCACGUAUAUCUCAAUUAUCCCAAAGCCGAUGGACGUGCGGUGGAAAUCAUCGACGACAAGGCGGACAACGGAAAAGGCAAGGCUAUAUGGUCUGCGAAGCUGGAGGAGAAUGACCGGGCAUCUGGGUUGACUGGACACCAGACAUGGGCUUUUCACGGUCACUCGAAAACGGGUGAUGUUCGCGGCCGGCUCAUCUAUGCCAACUACGGCUCGCGCGAGGACUUCCAGCGCAUCAAGGACCUUGGGAUCCAGACUGCUGGCGCCAUCGCUCUUGUUCGCUACUACGGCCCCCACGCCGAUCGCGCUCUGAAGGUCAAGGCUGCUGAGCUCGCAGGUUUCGCAGGUUGUCUCAUCUAUUCGGACCCAUUCGAUGACGGUUUCAAGAAGGGCGACACUGCGCCAAAGGGGCCUUUUAUGCCUGCUGAUGGAGUCCAGCGUGGCAGCGUCAGUCUCAUGUCGUGGGUCGUCGGUGAUGUGUUGACACCGGGCUGGGGCAGCAGGGAAAACAUGCCAAGAAUGAAGAAGGAACAGACCAAGGGACUGGUCAAAAUCCCCUCUCUUCCUCUUUCCUGGCGUGAUGCCAAGGUCCUUUUGCAGCAUCUCAAGGGCAAGGGCCAGCGUGUGCCGGAAGACUGGGUGGGCGGUGUUCCUGAUGUUGACGAGUGGUGGACAGGCGACCACGAAAACUCGCCCAUUGUCCGGCUCAAGAACGAACAAGACGAAAACGAGAAGCAGGCCAUAUGGAACGUAUAUGGAAGUAUUCUGGGAAUUGAGCAGGAAGAGAAGAAGGUCAUCAUUGGUAACCAUCGUGACGCAUGGACUUUGGGCGCCGCUGACCCCCAUUCGGGUACGGCCAUCAUGCUCGAGCUCGCCCGCGUCUUUGGCGAGUUGUUGAGAAUGGGCUGGCGUCCGCUCAGGACUAUCCAGUUUAUGUCCUGGGACGCAGAGGAGUACAACCUCAUCGGCUCGACCGAAUUCGUUGAGCAAAAUGAUGAUAUGCUGCGUAAGGACGCGCUGGCGUACAUCAACCUCGAUACCGCAGUAACGGGUAACACCCUACACGUAGCCGGCUCGCCCGUGUUCAAGGGCCUCCUGAUGCAGAUUCUCGACAUAGUCAGAGAUCCCUAUGAGAACGCCACGCUAAAAGAGCUCUGGGAGCGCAGAAAUGCCAAUGACCUCGAGGGCCUCGGCGCGGGCUCGGACUAUGUCGCCUUCCAGGACAUUGUCGGCACGUCCUCCAUUGACCUGCACUUCGAUGGCAAGGGCCACCCUUGCCACUCCAGCUACGACACAUUCGAGUGGAUGGAACAGGUCGGCGACCCGGACUUUGUCCACCACACGAUGCUGGGACAGGUUGUUGCUCUUCUCCUGUACGAGCUGACCGAUCGUCCCGUCUUGCCGUUUGAUAUGGCGCACUAUGCUGAGAAGAUCCGUGACUGGACUGGAGAGAUUGUCCGUUGGGUUGAGGAUCAGGCCAAGAACGCAAAGAAGGAUGCUGUGCCCAAGGAACUUACGGCGUCGCUCAACAGCAUGAUCAAAGCCAGCGAUGAGGUCAUGGAAGCCGUGCGUCGGUUCGUGGCAUGGGAGCAUGAGUGGCAGUCGAGUGUAAUCGCGAGCGGUGGAUGGGAGCCUUCGGGAUGGGGCAGGAAGAGGUGCGAGUUUAAUUCGAAGAUGGCGUGGUUUGAGACGGAUUUGUUGGAUCCUGAGGGUAUCCCAAACCGCACCCAAUUCAAACACGUCCUCUUCGGCCCUCAACUCUGGUCCGGCUACGACGAAGCCUACUUCCCUUCAAUCCGCGACACCGUCGACUCCGGAGACUGGGGUCUGGCCAACCGCACCAUCGCCAAGGUUGCCGGCAUUAUCAAACGGGCGGCGGCGAACUUGGCGGAGGGGACUCUGGGAGGAUAGAGAAAACCUUUAUUGACAUGGCUAUGCUGCUUGAUGUACUUUUCCUUCCAUUUGUUCUCAAAGCGUUUCUUGUCGUUUUCUUUGGUUUUUGGGUACAUAUUUUCCAGUUAUUACGUAGAACCAGCUCGUUACUGCUGUCUGUACAUUUAUUCAUACCUUCUUACCUUUUGUUUGUCCUAUAGAAGACGAUUCCCGUGGGUGGAUGGGUGCAUGAGGCAGCGUGUUGUUUGGGAAAGGGAACUUGUCCGAAAAUAAAGCGAGCAUCGUCGCCACAAGCAAGUGCUCCGGUCUAUACUCUCUUUACCCUUCGAUGUUUUGCAUCGCAUGGCGCAGUUGGCGGGUUGUUUCCCUUGUUGUCACAUCCUUCCUUUUCAACCUAUCUCUUUUGUGUGGCGCCUAAAUAUCACCGUCGCUAUGAAGCUUGCCACCAUAGCACGAUUCUAGGAAAACCUCACAAGGCGAAAUGAUCGCUAAUCGAGCUCAGAACCGGCAUUCAUAGAGCUGAUUGUAGUCCCCGAAAUGUACACUGAACUGCGGCUCUCAACGCCUUGCUCUCCGUCAUUACAUAUCUACGUACGGUGGGUUGGUUAUGGCUAUCGUGUCAUAGGGGGGUUUGGGUUUCCUGUCCUGUCCUGUCCUGUCCUGUCCAUCCAUCAUGUAACUGCAUCAUCAUCGCUCAUCUGGUGUCGCAUCUCGUCACAUCUCAUCUCGUUUUCCGUCCGCCGUUGGGCUUUUGUUACAAUAACAACAAGACUCAAAAAAAAUCUGUUGCUUACU